AUGGACGCGUCGCACCCGGAGGGCGAGGCCGCGGCGGGGUGGGUGACGAUCGAGGAGUGGAGCGGCUCGUCAGCCUCCGCGCUCUCCCGCACCGCCGUCCUCACCGCCUCCGCCUCCUCUCUCACCGCACACAGGUGGCCUCUCCCUCCCUCCCUCUGCUUCGUCCCGAGCUUCGCUCCCUUCCCCAGUCAUCUGACGUGCGCACGUGCUUGUGUUGCUCGCUUGGGCUACCGCAGGUUCGGCAGCCGGUGGGGGCGGAUCGGCAGCCGCAUGCUCGCCGCCUUCGUGCCUGAGGGAUUUCCUGGGAGCGUGACUCCGGAUUAUGUCCCGUUCCAGAUGUGGGAUACGUUGCAGGCUCUUCUAGGUGCAAUUGGUGUGGGAGAACAGUCCGCAACUGUCAUAGGUGCUACUUUUCAGUGGUUUCUGAGGGACUUGACAGGAAUGCUUGGAGGGAUAUUGUUCACCUUUUAUCAGGGAUCUAAUCUUGAUAUCAACGCUAAAAUGUGGCGUCUAGUUGCAGAUUUUAUGAAUGACCUUGGAAUGUUGAUGGAUCUCUUAAGCCCUCUGUUUCCUUCAUCGUUGAUAGUUAUAAUGUGCCUAGGCAGCCUAUCUAGGUCAUUCACUGGUGUUGCUAGUGGAGCAACUAGAGCAGCACUAACACAGCAUUUUGCACUUGCAAAGAACGCAGCUGAUAUUUCUGCAAAGGAGGGCAGUCAGGAAACACUCGCUACAAUGUUAGGGAUGGGAUUGGGGAUGCUGUUAGCUCACAUUACUAGAGGGCAUGCUUUGAGUGUAUGGACAUCUUUUCUUUCUCUCACGGUGUUCCAUAUGUAUGCAAAUUACAAGGCAGUGCAGUCACUUUCACUCACUACGCUAAACUAUGAGAGAGCUUCCAUCUUGCUACAGUACUUCAAGGAAUGUGGUGAAGUUCUUGCACCGCAAAAGGUUUCUCAGCUGGAACAUAUUCUUCCUUUUUGGUCAACCUGGAGGAAAUUAAACAAAAUUAAACUGCCACAUGAGCGUGUGCACUUAGGUGCUAAAGCCUCGAUGCUUACACACAGUGACAUGUUGGUGAUUGCAAAAACAAGAUCCCACUAUGAAAACACAAACUACCUUUUGCUGGAUAAACAAGGCAGUGUUUACGUUUUCAUCCACAAGCAGGCAACACCAGCUGAUGUUUUAAGGUCCUUCGUACAUGGGCUCGUGUUAGCAAGUUCGACACAGACCAGCAAAUCUCAGCACUUAGAGGCCCGUCGAUGGAUGGACGAGAUGUAUACCAAUUUUAUCUCGAAGCUGCAGAGUGAAGGUUACUCAACAGAACGCCUUUUGUCGCAUUCGAUUCUUUGGAGGGCACACUGGCUUCACGGCCAGCAUGAUGAGAAGCUCAAGUAG